AAUCACGUGUGCCCAUUGACGUUUAUACACCUUGGCCUUGUACAUACCGUCAUGCCUUUCGGUAGCUCAGACGACAGCCGCUAGCUGAGACGACACAACUGUGACAGUCUUGCGGAGGAGCGGAAGGCUGAAAGAUGGCGUCACCGACGGCACCCUUGACCAUGAUGCUCCGACUGCUUGCCCUGUGCUGGCACACGGUUGAAUUCUUUUUCAAACAACAGAUAAUGGCCCGUCUGUCCACGUCCGUGCGGGAGGACCUGAUUGACGGUAUCGGCUCUGUGAUGGGCGGCACUGGCAUCAGCAGAGAAGACUACUCACAAAGCAUUCAUAGCCUCGAAUACGUCAGCACCUACUUCCGGUCGAGAUACUUGAACAUUCUGAAAACAGCCACUCUCAACGACAAGGCUCCCAACCCGGAAGUGAUUCUGUUAGACGGGCAGACAAGAAGGAAGCUUCUAGAUUUCGGGAAGAAGGAUCGCCCCCUGGUGUUGAACUUCGGUAGCUGCACCUGACCCCCGUUUAUGGUAAAGAUGGCGAGAUUUAAUGAGAUCGUUGCUGACUUUACCAACAUGGCGGACUUUUUGAUUGUGUACAUUGAAGAAGCACAUCCUACUGAUGGGUGGUUCUUCAAAAACAAUAUAGAUAUCCAGAAACACAACUCCCUGGAGGAUAGGGUCGCAGCAGCGAAGCGCCUCGGUGAACUGAAACCCUGCGAUUGUGAUAUUGUAGCGGACAACAUGGAGGAUGGAGCUAACAAGCAGUAUGGCGGCCUGUACGAGCGUCUGUAUAUAGUGCUGAACGGGGUGGUUCUGUAUGAGGGCAUGCCAGGGCCAAUUGGAUAUAACGUGGAGGAGGUGUAUGACUGGUUAGCCAAAUACAGAGGAGACCAAUAGGGAGGUUGCAUGAUAUAAACAGUAAUAUGUUCAAAGGGCAGUUUAAUGUUUUAAGGUAUCUUUAAUGAUUUGGUAAAUCCAUUUUUUGUCAUGUCAUCGAGGCUUUCUUAAAACAAAUGAUCUAUUCAAAGGAAAGUGAACAAAAAUAAGUUCUCCAUUACACUAAUUACAAUGUCUAAAUAUCUACAAUGUCCAAUGCAUUAAGCCAAUAACAAUGUCUAAAUAUCUACAAUGUCCAAUGCAUUAAGCCAACUACAAUGUCUAAAUAUCUACAAUGUCCAAUGCAUUAAGCAAACUACAAUGUCUAAAUAUCUACAUUGUCCAAUGCAUUAAGCCAAUUACAAUGUCUAAAUAUCUACAAUGUCCAAUGCAUUAAGCCAAUUACAAUGUCUAAAUAUCUACAAUGUUCAAUGCAUUAAGCCAAUUACAAUGUCUAAAUAUCUACAAUGUCCAAUGCAUUAAGUCAAUUACAAUGUCUACAUAUCUACAAUGUCCAAUGCAUUAAGCCAAGUACAAUGUCUACAUAUCUACAAUGUCCAAUGCAUUAAGCCAAGUACAAUGUCUACAUAUCUAAAAUGUCCAAUGCAUUAAGCCAGUUACAAUGUCUAAACCUAAACUAGAAAUUAACUGCAAAUACUAGACCUAUACAAGAAACUAAUUACGGUUUCACAACCUCUACUACAAAACACUUGCAAUGUUUAGACCUUUACUGACGGACAAAAGAAAGUAAACACCUAUGUGUGAUGCUAGCAAUAACUGAAACAAACAAGAGAUGGUAUUCGGUGGUGAUGAAUAUGAUGUGGGUAUCACAGUUGCGUUUUGGACCUUAAAUUUACAGUUUUUUUGCGGCUGUUUUCAGCCAAGUAACGUUUUCAUAACGUUAGUAAUUGUUUGAUCAAAUCCAAUUUCAAGUGUAUACUUUCGUUUGCCCACCAGUGUUUAUUAGUAACUUUGAGCAUCUAGUUUUAUACAAUAAGCUUAUUAUUACAUACUAUACUAUUAUAUACUAGAAACUAAUGAACUAAUUACACUGUUUAGACCCAUACUAGAAACUAUUUAUAAUGUCAAAACAUAUACGAGAAACUGAUUACAAUGUAACAUCUAUUCUUUAGCAUUGAUUAAAUGGAUUUCGUUUUACUUAAUGACAUAGUUUUGUCUAUGUGUACUUUUCAAUGGAACUGUAGUGUUAUGGCAAUCACAUAUUACUGAACAAUAAAAUUGCAAAAGGGAAAAAGUAACCAGAAUAUAUUUUAAGCUGAAGGAAAAAGAUAACACAUACAUUUAUAAUGCACCUUCUAACAGAUACUAAUUAUUGUGUCAUGCCACGGCUCACCUUAUUCCGCUCACCUGAAUGUUCUAUAGCGUGUGACGUCACUGUUGCAAAAUGACAAGGGCUGCAGAGACUGAGGUUACUGUUCACAUCACUGAGGAGAAUGACGUGCCAGCACGUGCUGAAGGUGUAUUGUAAAAGUAAUUGGGCAUUUCUUUCUUUUGUUAAAAUAUUGACUUUUAAAUCAUUAUAUUUUCAAACCAUUUCUCUUCUCUCCCACAUAACGUAUACAGGACGAGCAGUUCUUGUAAACUUCCAGGAUAAGAGGUCGACCAUUUUUCUCCAAAACUUCUUGAAAAAAAUAAUUAGGCUUGCAAUGUAUUUUUUUGAAACAAAAACUGGGCUCACAGUUUUAAUUUUAAAAAUAUCUGUUUUUGCAGCUGUUUCUUAAAAAUAAUAUCUGGUCACAAUACACAAAAUACACAGAAUGUCAAAUGGUCCGUCCUCUUUGUAUGCAUCUUUAAAUAGCCAACGUUAUCAUUCAUGGCUAUUGUUUUUGAGGAAACGAGCGCAUCUUGAAGUUGACUGGCAUCUUUUUUCUGAAUAAACGUUCGAUUCAA